AUAACAGGCCACAGCAGAAGUUCACAUUGGUCACUGGACACUGGUGGUGGCUGCAACCAGCUUGCCUGCUCCUCGAUUUAUUACUGUUUUACCUCUCGUCCUCUCCUCUGUUCUUCUCUCCGUCCAAGUAAACUUGUCUUUGCUUUAUCGAUUCGGAUAUAUUACACUUUAUUUAUUUAUUCCCUCUCCCUCCUUAUAUACCCAGCUAGCUUCCACUCAUCCAUCGCCAGGUCUCACACAAAUCCUUCUCUAGAUUGCUUGGUGGCUUUGGUUUUUUGCUGCUUUGCUUUUAUUCCCAGGGUUCCUGGCUUUCUCCCCUUUAUUCAGUUAGUUAUUCUCCCUUCCUUUCCAAUACUAUUUUGGGCUUCUGGGCAGCCGCAGCAGAAAUUCAGCAGCAACGGAAAGUUAAUUAAAAUGGGUUGUUCCCCGAGAUCGAGCUUCUCUUCUUCUGCUUGCUUCUGGGCUUUUCUUCUCUCUGCUGCGAUUCAGCUCUUGGUGACAGUAAAUGGUGGAAGCAUUCCCAUCACCAUUCUCCACGCUGCCAAAGCCAGAGGAGCUGUGUGCUUGGAUGGCAGCCCGCCGGCUUACCACAUGGAGAAAGGCUCUGGCUCCGGCGCCAACAACUGGUUGGUUCAUAUUGAGGGAGGGGGAUGGUGCGAUGAUAUCGAGAGCUGUGUUUCAAGGAAGGAUACAUACAAAGGUUCGUCCUUGAAAAUGGACAAGACUAUCGGCUUCUCUGGUAUUCUCGGCAGCAAGCAGGCCUCCAAUCCUGACUUCUACAACUGGAACAGGAUCAAGAUCAAGUACUGCGACGGCUCUUCUUUCACCGGCGACGUCGAGGCUGUUGAUCCUAAAACAGGGCUUUACUUCAGGGGAGAAAGGAUCUGGCGGGCUGUUAUCGAUGAUCUGCUGGCUCAAGGCAUGAAGACCGCCCAAAAUGCAAUACUAUCAGGUUGCUCUGCCGGCGGGCUGGCAGCAAUACUGCACUGCGACAAAUUCAAGGCACUCCUCCCUCCAACUGCCCGAGUCAAAUGUGUCUCCGAUGCCGGAUUCUUCAUCCACGGGAAUGAUAUCUCCGGCGGACGUGCCAUCGAGAAAUUCUUCGGCGGCGUAGUUAACACACAUGGCUCCACCAAGAAUCUGCCGGCGUCCUGUACUUCAAGAAUGAGGCCGGACCUGUGUUUCUUCCCACAAUAUGUGGCGCAGACCAUGCGGACGCCACUUUUCCUCAUCAACGCCGCCUAUGAUUCAUGGCAGAUAAAGAAUGUGCUGGCACCAACGUCGGCUGACAAGAAAGGAGCAUGGAAGAGCUGCAAGCUGGACUUGAAGAAAUGCUCUGCUUCUCAGCUCCAGGCUGUACAGGGUUUCAGGACGCAAUUCUUGAGCGCCAUAAACACUGGACUGGGGAAUUCUUCCAAGGGUCUGUUCAUAAACUCGUGCCACGCCCAUUGCCAAUCUGGGUCGCAGCUCACAUGGGCUGGUAAAGGUCCCAUCUUGGCCAACACGAGGAUUGGGAAGGCAGUUGGAGACUGGUUCAACGAGAGAAGCUCGUUCGAGAAGAUUGAUUGCCCUUACCCUUGCAACCCAACUUGUGUCAAUAUCGAUUCAGAGUCAUAAGAUGCUCCCAUCCAUCAUAACAACCAUAUAUUGCCCUGAAGAGCAAAAUUAAUUAAAUUGUAUCCUACAAAUAAAAGUAAUAUAAGUAGGAGUGAUGUGUGAUUUUUCUCUCACUACAUGUUUUUUCCAAAGAGAAACUACGGAGAGUGUUGAGUUGUGUAUUGUAAUCUGUAUUAUCUAUUAUGUAUCAUGAAUGAUAAAAACGAACUAUGUUAUCUCAUGUAGAAUGUUAUUGUUUUUUAUGUGAGGAAAUUUAUUAUGAUUUAGUUCAUUCAAGAGGACAUACCGAAAGUUUGAGAUGCCAUCAAGGAAGGGGUGGCCAUUGAAGAGGACAUUUAACCACCCUAAGAAGAAGAACUUUUAUGCUUGAUAGCCACGGAUAGGGCAAGAUGAAAAUGGCACAAAGUAAAGGUCAAGUAAAGAAGCAUGGACUUCAAUCUAAAAAAUUAGAGGUUGACCAUCUAGCAGUAUGUGCAAGAAGCUUUGUUUUGAAUGCUGUCUUGGUGAUCUGACAAAUGUUGGUGGUCAAAGCAAGGUUGAUGAUUUUAUGACUGUUCAAAUUUAUUAUUAUAUUUUCA